GCAAACAACGCAAGCAUGGGUGAGGGAAACUUUGCAAGAGCAGUGCGUCAAAAGGUUUGUGGUGCCGGGGAGGCGAAUCAAGGCCCGGAGCUUGUCAGUGUUCCCAGGCCCGGAGCAGCCGAGCCCGGGAGUGUGGUGGUGCGCAUCAUUGCCAGGCCCAUCCAUCCCUUCGAUCGCAUCAUCAUCAAGCAGUCCUUCUCCAUUGGGAUCUUCGACAAGGGUGAGUUUGUUCCAGGGAGUGAAGGCUUUGGCAUAGUUGAAGAGGUGGGAGAAGGCGUAAGGCGUGUGAAGAAAGGGGAUAGAGUGGUUCCUAUAUUUCUGUGGAACUAUUUCUCUGCCAAACAAGGCUCUUGGCAGGAUUUUGUCACUGUCUCGGAGAAAGACGUGAUUUUGAUGCCUCAUGACAUCUCCGACGAGGAUGCGGCACAGCUGAUUAUCAAUCCUUGGACGGGCUAUGGUCUUCUCAAGGAUAUCAAUGCUCCAAAAGGAAGCUACGUCCUCCAGAAUGGCGCUGGCUCGGUGCUUGGAAGGAUCAUUAUCAAGCUUGCAAAGCACUGGGGCAUCAAGACCAUCAACCUUGUGAGGCGUGACGAAAUCAAGGAAGAGCUCAAGAGCAUCGGUGCUGACGAAGUUCUCAACGUGACAAAAGAAGAUGUUGCUGCUAAAGUGAAAGAACUUACAAAUGGAGCCGGAGUGGAGGGAGCGAUCGACAUGGUAUCGGGGUCGCAAACUAAGCUCGCUGCCGCUUGCGUGAAAUCCGGUGGGAAAGUCUUCACUAUCGGGAGCCUCGAAUCAUCGGACUCGGUGAUAUCGGUGAAUGAUCUCGCGAGAAAAGUUUCCCAUUCUUUCUGGAGCUUGACAGCUGCUUCAGGGGACAUGCAAGAGCUGAUGGCUAAAGAGAUCCCAGAGCUCUUCCAGGCAAAGAUCAUAGGAUCGCUUCCAGUGGUGGCUAAAUUUCCUCUCGAGGACUACGAGACCGCCAUGGAACAGGCAGAGAAGCAGGCCAGACAGGGCAAAGUCCUCCUUGUUGGAUGACGAAGCUUUGAAAUGGUCCCGUCCCGCGAGACUUUCUCCCACUCUAUAGACUGAAGAGAUUUCCUACUUGAAUUCUAUCUUGGAUCGAUCA